GCGUAGUUUAACCUUACGUGGCAAGUUGCUAGUUGAGGGUUAGAGAAAUGUCGUUUAUUUAUUAAUUUUUCAAGUAUUUUGUUGAACUAUUUAGUGUACGUGCUAAUUUUUUGCUUUCUGGAUUAAAAAGGAAUAAUGAACCGUCAAUACCCUCCACAGCAGCAGUUUGGGUUGCCCCCUCAAGAUAUGUUACCCCCAGGUCCUCCACCUCCACAAGGAGCUUUUCAGAAUGUUAAUUUGGGCCCUCAAAAACCAGGUCCUCCACAACCUUACAUUCCUCAAAACCCUCAAAUGUUCCCACCUGGACAAAUGCCUCCAAAUCGGAGGCCUCUGCCCCCGACCCAACUACCCCCUAGUUUAGAACAAGAGAAUAUAAUGCCUAAACCUGGAGGAGUUCAAAAUGGACCCCAGUUUCAAAAUGGACCAGGAUAUGGGUCACUGGCGUCACCUCCUCUACCCCCACAUGGCCCCCCAAAUUCGAUAAAUAAACAACACCCUCAACCCCCACUUCCAGGCCAACCUUUCACUCAACCCCCAAAUCAACCACCCAUCAACCCAGCCCAACCUUUUACUCAAUCACCUCCAAAUCCCAUGUUGGCUCAACCCCCACCCAAUCACUUCAAUCAACCCCCACCGCAAUUCGCCCAACUUCCAACAAUGCCCGGUUUAAAUCAACCUCCUGGUCCCAACCAAAUGGCCAAUCAGAUGCAAGGGCCCGGUUUAAAUCAACCUCCUCCCAACCAACUGGCCAAUCAAAUGCAAGGGCCCGGUUUAAAUCAACCUCCUCCCAACCAACUGGCCAAUCAGAUACAAGGGCCCGGUUUAAAUCAACCUCCUCCCAACCAACUGGCCAAUCAGAUGCAAGGGCCCGGUUUAAAUCAACCUCCCGGUCCCAACCAACUGGCCAAUCAGAUGCAAGGGAUGAGUUUGGGUGGUCCUAGACCAUAUCCUCCGCCAAUGAAACGCGCAACGAAUGGGGAUGGGGGGCCCCACAUGCCGCCCCCGUUAACUCAACAACAAUACAUGAAUGGACAACAAAUGCGGCCACAACAAGGGUUCGGCCAACAGCCCCCUGUUCCAGGGGCGUAUCCGCAACCUGCGUAUCAACAACCCCAACAAGCCAAGCGACUUGAUCCCGAUCAAAUGCCGAGUCCUAUUCAAGUAACUCAAGAUGAUCAGCAAAACCGGUCGGGGAUUUUUUGCACCAACCAGAAAGGGCUUGUGCCCCCUUUAGUAACCACGAAUUUUAUUGUUCAAGAUCAAGGGAAUUCGAGUCCUCGAUUUAUACGAUCUAGCAUGUAUAAUGUACCAGUUUCACAGGACAUAAUGAAACAAACUGCAGUUCCAUUCAGUUUGGUUAUUAGUCCCAUGGCAAGGACCGUGGACCAGGAAUACCCCCCACCAAUUGUCAAUUUCGGGGAUUUAGGCCCAGUCCGGUGUAUCAGAUGCAAGGCCUAUAUGUGUCCUUUUAUGCAAUUUAUCGAUUCUGGAAGACGAUUCCAGUGCCUUUUUUGUAAAGCCACAACCGAUGUCCCUCAAGAAUAUUUCCAACAUCUGGACCACACCGGUCAACGAUUGGACCGUUUCGAACGUCCAGAACUCGUCUUGGGCACUUACGAAUUUGUCGCAACUCCCGAAUAUUGUCGUAAUAACACUUUACCCAAACCUCCGGCCAUGAUUUUCGUCAUUGACGUCUCUUAUAAUAACAUAAAAUCAGGUUUAGUCCAUUUACUGUGCUCCCAAAUUAAGGACAUUAUCAAGAAUUUACCCGUCGAUCAAGGACAGGAAAAAAGCAGUAUGCGCGUCGGGUUCAUCACUUACAACAGUUCGGUCCAUUUUUACAACAUUAAGGGAAAUUUAGCCGCCCCUCAGAUGCUGAUCGUUGGCGACAUCCAAGAAAUGUUUAUGCCGCUUUUAGACGGGUUUCUUUGCACUCCGGAGGAGUCCGGGCCUGUUAUCGAUGCGUUGAUGCAGCAAAUUCCAGCGAUGUUUGGUGAUACGAGAGAAACUGAAACUAUUUUACUACCGGCGAUUCUAGCAGGACUUGAGGCUUUAAAAGCGUCCGAAUGUGCGGGAAAAUUGCUCGUUUUUCACUCGAGUUUGCCAACAGCUGAAGGUCCGGGAAAAUUGAAAAAUCGCGACGACCGAAAACUACUAGGAACUGAUAAGGAACGAACGGUUUUGACACCACAAACACAAGCCUAUAAUCAGUUAGGGCAAGAUUGUGUCGCAGCCGGCUGUUCGGUCGAUCUUUUCAUUUUUAAUAAUGCUUAUAUCGAUAUUCCUACCAUCAGUCAAGUGUCGCGGUUGACAGGGGGCGAAGUCCACAAAUAUACAUACUUCCAGGCCGAUAUCGAUGGUGAGAGACUAAUAAAAGAUAUCAUAAUGAAUAUCAGUAGACCAAUCGCAUUCGACGCCAUUAUGAGAGUACGGACGUCAACUGGCGUCAGACCCACAGAUUUUUACGGUCAUUUUUACAUGUCGAACACCACAGACAUGGAACUGGCAGCCAUUGAUUGUGACAAGGCCGUGGCCGUUGAGGUGAAGCACGACGACAAGUUGUCCGAGGAGGAGGGCGUGUACAUCCAGGCGGCGUUGUUGUAUACGUCAUGUUCGGGUCAGCGCCGCCUGCGCGUGAUGAAUCUUUCGUUGAAAACUUGCUCCCAAAUGUCGGAUCUUUACCGAAAUUGCGAUUGCGAUACUAUAAUCAAUUAUCUUUCAAAACAAGCGACUUAUAAACUAUAUGAACAUAAUCCGAAAGCUGUCAAAGAUAGUAUAGUGACUCGUGCGGCGCAAAUUCUCGCCACUUAUAGGAAAAACUGUGCGAGUCCUAGUAGUGCAGGUCAACUAAUCUUGCCCGAAUGUAUGAAAUUAUUGCCGUUGUAUGUGAAUUGUUUAUUGAAGAGUGAUGCUCUAUCUGGGGGGUCUGAUAUGACAAUUGAUGAUCGAGCUUAUGUUAUGCAAGAGGUUAUGAUCAUGGAUAUACCGACCAGUGUGAAUUAUUUCUAUCCGAGGUUGGUACCAUUGAUUGAUUUAGAUCCAACUCAGGAUCCUGUAGAGAUUCCUGCGCCGAUUAGGUGUACGUUUGAUAAAAUGAACGAACAAGGAGUUUAUAUUUUGGAAAAUGGAAUUCAUAUGUUUUUGUGGAUUGGGUUAGAAACGAAUCCUGAUUUUAUCCAAAAAGUUUUCGGAGUCCCGUCUGCGAUUCAAGUCGAUGUUGAAAAAGUUGCUCUGCCUGAGUUAGAUAAUUCUUUAUCGGUUGCCGUGAGGAAUAUUAUUGAAGAAAUCAGGACACAGAGACAUAAAUGCAUGAGGUUAACUAUUGUUCGACAAAGGGAGAAGUUGGAGCCCGUUUUUAAACAUUUCUUAGCUGAGGAUCGUGGAACAGAUGGAUCUCCCAGUUACGUCGAUUUUUUAAUACACAUGCACAAAGAAAUUCGGUCGUUACUAAGCUAGCAAUCAAGAUGAAUAUUUGGUUGGUUAAUGGAAUCGUACUCAAUAUAUUUUCAUCAUUUAUUUACUUCAAGUAUAUUUUUAUUAUAUGGUUAACAUUUUAAGACAAACUGGAGAGGAAAUUUGAGAUUCUUGUACCGGAAAACAUAAAUUUAAUAAAGUUCCCACCUGUUAUUGUAGAUUGUUAUAUUUUUACUGUAUGUCAAUGUUACUGAACUAUCAUUUUGUAUUUAUUGGUGCCCCUUUGAGACCUUGUAUCAUACAAAUAACUAAUAAAGUAGCUGUAAGAAAA